AUGUUAAAAUUAAGCCAAGAUACAAAUUCCAAAAUAAUCUCCACUGCAGUCAACAGGGCUGUAAGAGAAUUGCCGUGGAGAUCAAGAUUUGAUAUUUUAAAGGAAAGGGUUAAACCCGUUUAUAUGUCAGAAUGUUCUGGAACACCAAGGCGUGAAUACCAGGCGAACAUGAUUAACGGGAUAAGAAUCUGUCCAACUUUUAACCCUUAUGUAAAUCUAAAUAAAGAAAAGAGAUAUAGAUUAGAUAAUUGGCCCUCGAGAAAUUGGGACGACUGGAAUCCUGAAUCUUGCUAUGCAAGAGGAGGUAGAAGAAGACAUCCCAUUCCCAAAGCCUUUCUUCCAAUGAAAGACGAGCUCGGUGAAAACCAUCCUCCUAGACUAUCUGGCCGUUACAAGGCGGAUAUAGAAAAGCAAUUCUACUUCAACGGAUUACCGUGGGUAUGGGACAAAGAUUACUAUACAGGGAAGAUACAUUACCAUGAUCGGGAAAUCUUAGCUCCAAAGAUCUGGUACAGGAACGCAUACAGGAAAAGAGUUAUGGAAUUGGAGCUAAAGAAUCUAGAUAAACACCUGAAGGAAUAUAAAGAACAAUUCAAGUUAAAGAAAAGGUACUCAUAUUACGAAAAGGCCGUAGCAGCAAUAGCAGGAGAAGAAUUAGGAUCAAAAUAUAUAAGACAAAGAAAAAUAUUCAAGAUUGGAUAA